AUGGAGAAUUCUCCUUGGACAUUGGUGCAGAAUCCAUUUAAUACUGAAGCCAUCGAUUUUAAAUGUGACUCGAGCGCGAAAAGGGACUUUGAAACAAUGAAGUUAGAAGAAGAGUUUUGGGUGAAAUAUCUCCCCAUGUACCCAAAAGUAGGCGAAGAAGCACUUCGUGUGAUUCUUCCCUUUUCUUCUACUUAUCUUUGCGAAGCAGGGUUUUCAGCUCUUGUCGUCCUGAAAACAAAACAGCGCAACCGACUUGAUGAAGAAAAUGACUUGUGUUGUGCGCUGUCCUCCUCCAAUCCUAGAAUUUCUAAUCUUGUGAGGAAAAAGCAGUAG